UUACAGAUGAGCAACAGCGCUGCGAGCCCAAUGGCAGCCAGCAGCAGCAGCACCGCGUCCGGACGCGCAUCCGGAAAGGCCACCAGCUUCAUCCCUGAGCUCCAGAGCAUGAUCUUCAGCAUUUCCUGGGUUUCUUCUGCGAGGUGUGUUUGGACUUUCUGCACGAGAGCGCCUUCUGGUCUUCUGGCACUCUGGCGGUUUAGCGAAUCACAACACACUGGGCCAGCUAAUCAAUCUGAGCCCAUUGCGUAUUUCUGAGGGAGGGGCUUCAUAAAAACAGGAAAUCAUCGGAGCGUUCUUCGGAGAAGGGACAGAGUGGUGUAGCAUAAAGGUUUGCUCUCGGUGACGCUCGCAGACCGCUGCACGAGACCGCCGCCCUGGUGGAGGACAUAGUGCACACUCAGCUCAUCAACCUCCUCCAUCAGGCCGCUGAGGUGGCCCUCCUGAGAGGGGCCAGGGCCAUUUCACCAGAGGAUAUCAUCUUUCUAAUGAGGAAAGACAAGAAAAAAUUACGGCGGCUCAUCAGGUACAUGCAGUUCAGAGACUACAAAUCCAGAGUCCUCAAAACCAUCGAAGAUGAAGAUCUGCUGGAUUCAGACAAAUGCAGCAGCAGCAGCAGCAGCAGCAGCGUCAACAAGAGGCAGCGUUUGCUGCAGGACUUCAUGAGCUCCAUCGACCAGACCGGGGAAUUCCUGACGCUGGUGGAGGAAGAGGAGGUGGAUGAAGUCAAGCAGGAGCGGCUGGAGAGAAUUGAGAAGAUGACCAGAAACAUGGAUUCCAGUCAGUACAGUGACUUCUGUGAAAGUCGACAGCUGAGUUUCUCUAAGAAGGCCUCGAAAUUCCGCGAGUGGCUGGACUGCAGCAGUCUGGAUGUGAAGCCCAACGCCAUGUCCAUGGAGAUCCUGUCCUAUCUGGCCUACGAGACGGUGGCCCAGGUUGUUGACCUUGCCCUAUUGGUUAAACAAGAUAUGACUCCCAAAACAGGCGAUCCGUUUCAACACGCCAUAUCAGCAACUUUCAUCCAGUACUGCAACUCCUCGGCGGAGGCUACAAGCACUAAAAAGGAGACGGACUCCCCGGAAAACACGCCGCCGUCCACUCCCAGCGGCCCUCUGACGGGACACCAGGGAAAGAUGCACUCCAUGGCUCAGGGCAAUGGUGGGCCGAACCAAGAUGGCAGCAGUAAGGUCAAACAGAGGAAGAGGAAGAAGAGCGCGGCGGCCUGUGGCGCGGAGGCUCAGAGCAGUGCCAUCCAACCAGCCCACAUCAGAGAGGCCAUCAGGCGCUACAGCCACAAGAUUGGCCCGCUCUCCCCCUUCUCAAGUGCCUACCGCAGGAACGGGAUGACUUUCCUGGCCUGCUGAGGUGAGCGAGAGUUCUGGAGGAGCCGAAGGAGUCUCUGUCUGCGUGUGUCUCUGUGUUUACAGGUUCGUUUGGACAGGAAGUGCUGUGGACUGCCACAAAUCUGGAUUGGAUGCUUUUUGUUUAGUUGGUGUUUACGUCAACUCUAGUAGUACGAGUUUCCUCUUUUGUAAACAGGUUUCAUUUUGUAUUUUUUGUCGGUAAUUUCAUAAUUUCAUCUUUUUUGAUGAUGAUGUGUAGAACUAGUUUCUGAUGCUUAAUUUUUUUCUUUCUUUUUUUUUGAGUAAAAGUUUGGUAAUGAAAACCCAUCUUGUUUUUGAUGCUGUAAUACUUUAUUUCUUCAAUUGUAAUGUCUGGCUUUUGUAUUUUUAUACCAUUUGUGUUUAGAUUUAGAGGAUUUAAUUUUAUUUUGUUUUAGAAUAAAAAUCUUGGAAUAAAAAUGUUUAAAUUAAA